UCCGAUUUCCGUCCAAACGUCAAAUUUUCUUGAACAUCAACAUCAAUCAACCAUUCUCGGAGUAAAAAAAAAUCCACAACAACAAUAAUGAAUUAAAUAAAAAGAGUAACUCAUAAAUCUUGAUCACAAUGGAAUUGUUUAGAUCAGAACUAUAUUACAUAUUUGUAAGAAAUGAGAGCAGUUUGUGGUGGCAUCGAUUAACGGGGGCGUUUUCAGUCCGAUCAGCUUGGGACUUAUCAGACAUUGAAGAUAUAGAAUGUAUGGGCAUCACGGAAGGUGUCAUUGGUCUGGUGGAACUCCCCAAUGUAUUUGAGCCUCGAUUGAUGAUAAUAAAUGAAACCGAGCCAGUUGGCCAACUCUAUUUCCACCAUACAAUAACUAAAAUAAAAUCUAUAGUUCUACUCAAUAUGGGCCCUCAUAACCAGGAGUUUGAACUAACACUUUGCACUAAACACCACGGAACCAAAAAUGAACCUAAGAGAACUAUAAACAGGGGAUUGUUUGAAAACUCUGCGUUUCUGAACAAAACUGUGGGAGCCGUGCGGAAUGUGAGCAAUACUAUCAAAAAUUCAACACAACAGGCUGCUACACAGGUGAAACACACAGUGAUAAAGAAACAAAAAGUAUACACAAGUUCAGAGCAGAGAGUGGAUGAGCGUUUCGAGAAGCGCCUCAUAGAUGAGUUAUACAGGGUGUUUGAGGACAGCGACAGCUUCUACUACUCAAGGACAUUGGAUCUGACCAACAGCCUGCAGAGGCAGUAUGCGGUUGAGGAGCUCUUGGCUGCGGAAGAGGGGGCUGAGACUCCGGUCUCUGACAUCACCAGGUGGUGGAAACAUGUGGAUGACAGGUUCUUCUGGAACAAACAUAUGCUGAAAGAUAUUAUUGAGCUGGGGAGCCCAGCCUGCGACCAGUUCAUCCUGCCCAUCAUCCAAGGCUACGUGGACCUGGCCCAGAUAGCCGUAGAACCAGCCGACGAGAACCCUCUGAACACAGAGUCUCUGAGCGCCGCGAGCUCCUGCGAUGAGACGUUCACACUGGGGCUCGUGUCGCGCCGGUCGCGGUAUCAGGCUGGCACCAGAUACAACCGGCGCGGCAUCGAGCCGGGCGGCAAGGUGGCCAACUAUGUGGAGACGGAGCAGAUCGUGUCCAUCAUCUGCUCCGACACCAUCCACCGUGCCUCGUUUGUGCAGGUGCGUGGGUCAGUGCCAAUAUUCUGGAGCCAACCCGAAGUGAAGUUUAGACCACCGCCGAAGUUGGAUAAAACCGUAGAAGAAUCUCAAGAGGCGUUCAGAAACCACUUCACCGAAGAACUAAGCAUCUACAAGCACGUCUGCAUAGUGAACCUGGUUGAUCAGACGGGCCGAGAAAAGGUUAUCUUCGACGCCUACAGCGACCAUGUGUUGAUGUAUAACAGCCCGGAUAUUAUCUACUCGACGUUUGAUUUUCAUCAGUAUUGCCGUGGCAUGCGCUACGAAAACGUCAGCAUCCUGAUCAACGCUCUCGAAGAGGUCAUCAGCAACAUGCGGUUCUGUUGGCGCGACGAGCGAGGCCUCAUCUGUGAGCAGAGCGGAGUGUUCCGAGUCAACUGCAUCGACUGUCUCGAUCGCACCAACGUCGUUGAGACGGCUAUAGCCAAAUACGUGUUGGAGCUGCAACUAAGUCGCUUAGGGCUGGGCGCCCCUGGGGCAGGCUUGCCGCGGGCUCUAGAGAGGGACUUCCUGACUCUGUGGGCGGACAACGGUGACGUCAUCUCGAGACAGUACUCUGGGACUAAGGCUUUGAAGGGAGACUACACAAGAACCGGUGAGAGAAAUCUAACAGGGAUGAUGAGAGACGGGGUGGCGUCUGCUUCCAGAUACUACCUGUCGACGUUCAAAGAUGCGCUCCGUCAAGUCGCGAUCGACGCUAUGACGGGAGAGACCAGGGAGAUCCCCGAGUCACUCAUAUCCGACGACCGGCAACUGCAAGUUUAUAAUGUCAUGGAUGCGCACACGGAACAAGACACGGCGGCCAUGGCGGCGCACGUCAAAUGCCUCAUAGAGGACUGCAGGAAGCUGCUGGUGGACAGCGAGCCCGUGCUGGGCGCGUGGGGGCUCGUCGACGCGGACCCGCACACGGGAGACCCGCAUGAGACAGAAAUAGACACUGUCCUCCUCCUCACAUCCACGUGCUACCUGUGCGGCUCCUACGACGAGCCGCGAGACCGCUGGGGCGCCGCGCGGGUGCCGCUCGCAGCCGUCGCCAGUCUGGAGCUGGGCGCGCCCGCCACUAACACUACACUAUUCAACGUGGGUCGCAAGUCCACACCGGACGCGCCUCCCUGCAUCCGCAUCAACUACACGGUAAACGGGGAACCAGGAUACUUCCACAUGUUUCGAUCCACCACGCUGAGGUUCUUCAAUAAUAUGGCAGUCAGGAUUCACACGAGGGAGGAAAUGAUAGAAUGUCUACACUCGAUCUGUGAGUCUAUUCUGGUGGCGCGCGACGUUGCCAAACUGCCACCGAUACCCUUUAUGCAAGGGGUUGCUAUGGAGAAGAAGAAAUCUAAGGUGCACCCUACAGGAGGGCACAGCGUGGGCGGGCGCGCGUCUCUAUACCUCGGGCUGUCGCGGCUGCCGGCCAUCACCAGGCACGUGAGCGAGGCGCAACUCGUCGCUGAUAUACGGAAUGUUGGAUCGAAAGCUCUAACGAACAUGUCGGAGCAGUUCAGCAAACUGAACCGCCUCGGCGCCAGAGCCAAGCCGAGUCUUCAGCUGAAGUUCGACCAAGGAACCUCCAGGACCAAGAAGAUAUUCACUCUGGGCUCAAACAGACACCCGCAACCGCAACAGAAGAAGAAGGGAAGCCUGUCCGACGGACUCAGCUCAGACUAUUCCUCAGACGACGAGAAUAGAACCAACAUAUUUGAGCCAACGUUGGACAACUUCGAAAACAACCAAGUGUAUAUAGGGAAAGCUCAGAAAACGGAGCCAGAUAACGAUUGCGAUUUAAUCGAAAAUCCUCUCUAUUCAUCCAAGAUUGAGCCCAGCGAGCCAGCUCAGGACUACGACACUGGUUUGGUAAUGAAGUUCGAUUCGACGUCCAGUAAAACCCCGAUGACGUCUGUCAAACGGAACCCUUUCGACGAAUCAACGUCCCCAAGACCAGAGAUAACCAUAGACAGCGUUUCAUCGAAGCCAGCGCCACCUAGUUCCCUAGUCUUGUCCCAGAAACUGUCACACAGUUCCAGUGAUUUAGACAACCAAGGGAUGUCAACAGAUGGCGCUGGCUACCACAUGCGAUCGAACUCUCAGCACGAGAUCACGCUGAAUAUCGCGACGUCUCACAGCGAGUCUGCACUGAAACAGUUGAAGACGAUGACCAGCCCGAUGUCGAGUGCCACGAGAGAUAUGGUUCUGUCGCCUCUGUCGAAGAUAGCUAAGGGAGUGCAAAAUCUGGGCGCUAAUCUGGAUCCUAGGAAAAUUAAGACUUCGCCAACUGUGAAGUACAUUUCGGAACAACAAUACGAAGAGCACAGAAAACUUCAGGAGAAAUGGCGAGAUUGUAAAACGCGCCUUGUCGCCCUGUAAAACGAUAAUGCCAGGCGCAAAUUUCCCGUUAAAUAAUGUAUGUGUUAGAAAAUUGUUCAAAGUGCGUUAGAAAAAUAGGAAAAUGGAUUUAGGAAUCCAAAUUUACCGCUGCUCCGUAAAAAACAGUAUUAAAUUUAUGGUAUAGAUCAGUUAGACCUCUGGCUAUGUUUAAAAACAUGUACUUGUUCCACCGUUAAAUCAAAAUUGAAAUUAGUUACUUUAUUAGAUGGGCCAGUUCAAAUUAUUAUUGCUUAGACUUUGAGUCUCUUAGGUUUUAAAUAAAAUUGUUCUUUAGACUUUAAUUUUAGUGAAUUCUUAAAAAGACCCGUACAAUUGCACGUUACCAACGUAGAUAAAUUAAAAUUCUAAAUGAAUAGUAAAUUGUAGAAGGGUAAAUAUGCACUAGAUUGUCACAAAACAGUACCGUUUUAAAGUUAAAUAUAGAAAACUCGCUGGCGAGUGUGUUCUAAAUUUAAAAAAAAACCUUUUUAUGAUCUCACUUAUUUGCUAUUUAGCAUACUUCAAUAUUUGACUAACCCAAAAUUAUAAAAAAGAAACAAUUUAAAAUAACUGGUUACAUAAUUGUGGUUAUCUACUCAAUAAACAGUAUUAAAAUAUAAGACAAAUACAAAAAAAAAUAGUGUGGGAAAAACAAAUGAAAGCCGCUCUGUAUCAAAAUAAUAAUCAUCAGCAUAUUAAAUAAAUCAGGAUUUGCCUAUAGUUUUAGUUGAAAGUUUCUUGUAAAUCCGUGUUAGAUGGUAGUAUUAAUAUUUCUGUAUAUUUGAUGUUGUCGUCCUAUUUACCCCAAAAGCAUGAAACAAACUUUCUGUAUAAUCAAACAAUUCUAAAACGUUAUAAAUAUAUUACCUACCUUAACUUUUUGAACAGUAUUAAAUCUGUAAACUGCUAUUUUUAAUAGGUAAUAUAACCGCACAUUGUAUCAUUCUAACUGCCUGUUAACUGAUGAAUUAAUAUAUUCUAAUAAUGCUAUUUAAAAGAGAGCCAUAAUAUAAUGCAGCCUAGUUCUUAGCAGUAAAAUCCUAUAUAUUCCUAAAUAAAGUUGUUGUAAAAAAAAGUGAGAUUAAAAUAUAGACCUAGUUUGCUAGAGCUCACGGCUAAAUAAUCAAUUAUAACGUAAUGCAAUUAAAAUAUAACGUUAAUUAUAGAAAGUAACGGUUUAGAUUAUACGGUUUUAUAAUAGCUUUGUAUUUAGAUAAUGUUUGAGUAGAUUGUAGCUUGGAAAUGGAACAUCGAGGCAAUAUAAUAUUCUGAAUGUAGCCGAAUUUAUUUGGUAUUGUUAUGCUAUAUUUUAUAUAUUUUGGUAUUGAAACGUAAUUCUGUUCAUACAAAACAUACAUUUCUGUUACACAUGACAUUUCUAUUAUCAAUGAUAUCAUGCUUGAGAGUCACGUUUUUUAUGAUGUUGUUCAAGCUACAGUUUUAUUAUAUUUUUCUUGUAAAAUUGGUCCAUUCCAUGAGUUUGUAUUGUAUAUUUGACACUUUUUGUACAAGUUCUUCCACAUUCCUUAGUCAAGAAUUUGUAAUGUAAUUUUAACGCCAAACGACAGAUAAAUUUUAAUCACUUAUUCUUAUUUACUUAUUUAUAUUUUAAUGACGACAGAAAAAUUAAAUUGCUUUGAAUUAUUUAUAUUAAAAUUAUAAUUAUGUUUAAAUAUACUUAGGUUUAUCUGUGAUUGUAUUAUUUAUUACAUAGAACAUACAAGUUGU